AGGUAUAUCAGUUGAGUUACAAAAACAUGUCCCCCUUCAAUCGAAAAUCGACUUGUUGGAGAAUAACGGAAGCAAUGAAAACCACUCCAACAGCAUUAUUGAAGGUAUUCUGGAAUCUAACUCCUAGCGAGAUUGGACCAGUUCAGAAUGGAAAAUUCACCAAGUUACAUGCAAUUGGGAGAAAGAGAAAUUUUCAAAUAUGUGGAAGAACGAACAUCAAACAUCUUCUCAGAUCACAUGACACCACAGUCAUAGCGACAGCAUGCUCAGCAGAAACAUCUAGUAUACUGUGGAGUCCUAGAUCGAACAUGGGAUGGAAUUUACUGAGUUGGGAGAAAUGUUCAUUUCAUUUACCCAGUCGGUCAGUCUUCCGGGCUGAAUUGUAUGCAAUCUUACAAUGUGCAGGGAACAUUGAAACUACUCCAACUGAAAGUAUCAUUAUGGAACUACUAGAACGCCAAAGAAGAGAAGCUAAUAUCAUGGUAGCUAAUGUUAGAGAGGCGCAAGUAACAACCCCUUUGCAAAGAAAAGAAGAAGAUGCA